CUCUCGCCUCCCAUGAAGGGCAGACACUCAGUCUCUCUCCCAGGGUUUGGGGAAGGUUGUUGUGGCAAGCAAGGACAGAAGAGCCUCCGGCUGCAGGGGAGAAACCGGGGGAAUUAACUGCUGUUUGAUCCCAGCAAGAUGGAAAUCAGAAGAUUUCAAAGAAGAUGACAGACUGGCUGAAAAAGAUUUCCUCCUAAAACACUGAAUGGUAGGACACACAGAUCAAUACUGGCAUGCAUGAAACUGGUGGCUCCCUGAAAUCCAGCAUCAGCCCAUCUGAUGGGAUUUAGGCUGCAAGUUUGUCCAGCGUACGUAAGGCACCAUGGGAAACAUCUUCCAGUGCUGCCUCACACUGUCAAAGUUCCUGAAGUGUCAGGAUCCACCGGCUCUGGGCGGGGCCGAGCAAUCCCCUCUCCUGUCCAGCGAUGAGAGCGAAUGCGAGUCCCCGAGCCCGCCCUACGCCUUGGAGGACGGGCCGCUGACCGUGUCCUCCGGCAUAACCAACCCCGCCCUGGAACCAGAGCACUUCCUGUUUCCGGACAUCAUCCUGAGCAGCAACCCUGGAGGAGAGGUGACUCUGGUGGAGCCCAUGGUGUGUCUGCUGGUGUCCGAGGAGGACGAGGGGCCGAAGCCGGGCGAGCCGGGGGUGGAACCGCAGGAGAUGGGUUACGGGGAGGGGAGAGGCAGGAGCUACUCCGAGGUGGAGACCCAGACUGAAGCUGAGACUCACAUCGGCAUGGCGGUGCAGACUCAGACGGAGGCGCAGGCUGAAGUCCAGACCCAAACAGAGACUCUCAAGUGCAGUGAUGAGACUGUGGAGUGGGACAUGAGCACAUUCACUAAUACGGGCAUUAACAAUGAGAUAGACGCCUGGGAAGAAGAAGUGAGACAGUUGGAUGUGUUUUUAGAGGCACAACGAGAAAGACAAACAUCACAAAAUGAACAGAAAGAAAAGACAAACAUGAGCUCUGCAGGCCGGGCCGAUGUCGAGGGUUCAGCUGACGGGGUGCUGCGGGGAAUUGUGGGAGAGAAAAGCAACACUUUAGGAAAUCCAUUUCUACAAAUACAAAGCAAUCCCCUUCAAGAGGAAUUAAACCCAGAUGAGGACGAUAUGUUUGGCUUGCAGGAGAGCGUUGUCACUGCUGAGAUCCAUCACCCUGCUCCGACACAUCUGGAGGAAAACUCUGAACUCACUUCAUCACUGCUGGACGAGCAGAAGCAGAGCAGCGUGGACGACCACAUCACUACGCUGGAGCCACACAGGGUGACAAGACACAGCAGUGCAGGGAUCAUGAACCUAAACCCUGCUGGACGCUGCAAAGACAUGGAACCACAGAGCAAUGAGGACGGAGGACAGGCAGAGGAGACGUCCAUACUGACGUCUGAUGUAACCGUAAAGGACAACGAUAAUAUCCAGGCAGAUCAGAUAGCUGAUCUCUCCAUUUUAAAUACAGAUCUUGUUCAGUGUUGGGAAAACUCACACCCGACGAAGAGGGAUGGAGAUUACAACACAACUGGUUUGCAGAAGGGUUUGGAGAAGGAAGCGUCCUCCCCGCUGGUGGAGGAGGAGGCCGAGAAGACGCAGAUGACUCUGUUUUUAGUUGACAGACUGUUUCUGGCAGCACCACAUGGCAAAGUGUCUCCGUGUCUGACUGUAGACAUCCCUGAGGAAGAUCUUCAACAGUUGCCUGACGAUGAGGAAAGGAAACAGGCGAGCCUUCAAGACGUAGUUGACCUCCACGAGAGUGCGUUCACCGUCAGGAUUCAGCCUCCAGGGACAGAGAGUUUUGAGCUUCAGGUGUCAGGACAGAUGCUGGUGGCUGAGCUGCAGCAGUUGCUCAUGGACCAUGAGCUCACGUGUCAGUGCACAUGCUUCUCCCUGCAGCUGGGUAGUGCCACCCUGGACGGCCUUGCAGAGCUGAGCUCCAUCCAGGGUGCCCAGGGCGUGCAGGGCGUGCAGGACGGCGUGCUGAUCAAGGUGGUGGAAGAUGCAUACUCGGUGCGUGACGCUCGGCUUCAUCUCCGACAUGUACGUGAGCUCCUACGGAGCCUGGACCCUACUGAUGCGUACAACGGCGUGAACGGCAGCUCGCUGUCAUACCUGUCCUUGUAUACCAGAGGCCCCAAGGAUGGUGAAAGUCUGGGAAAGAAGCGAGCCUGUGAAAAGGAGUGGGUGGACUGCAGCCUUCCAGAGUACGUCCUCCCUGGGAGUAAGGAGCGGCCGCUGAUGCCUCUGCAGCCCGUCAGAGAUGACUGGACGCCUUUACAGUGUUUACGGGUCCUGAGCCUGAGCAGCUGGAACCCCCCUCCGGGAAACAGGAAGAUGCACGGGGACCUGCUGUACAUCAAUGUCAUGACUCUGGAGGACAAAGAGCUCAACAUCACAUCCUCCACGCGGGGUUUCUACCUCAACCAGUCGACGGCCUUCAACUUCAACCCCAAACCCGCCGUUCCCAAAAUCCUCUGUCACUCUCUCGUGGAGCUGCUGAGUCAGGUCAGCCCUGCGUUCAAGAAAAACUUUAACACCCUGCAGAAGAGAAGAGUUCAGCUGCACCCUUACGAGCGGGUCCCAGCCCCGUUCCAGGUCUUCACCUGGAUCGCCCCUCAUGGAGACCACACCCUGGACUGGGUCAGAGCCGAGGAGACUCACACCAGCUACAUGGGCCAGGACGAGCACACAGCCGGGCAGAGUCGGGACUGGAAUGAGGAGUUGCAGGCCUGCAGAGAACUCCCCAGAAACUCCCUGCAGGAGCGACUGCACAGACAGAGGAGCAUAUUCAAGACCAACAGUGACUUUGUUGCUGCAGCAGCGCAAGGUGCCGUGGCCGUGAUUGACGGAAACGUCGUGCCGUUAAAUCCGGGGGAGCCCCCUCAUCUGCACAUGUUCAUGUGGAGCAACCUGUUCUUCAGCCAGGGGUUCGACAUGUCUGACCACUACAGAUCCCUGGGGGGCAACACGGCGGCUCACGCUGCUGCCACGUGUGACCUGAGGGGCGUGCAGGCAUAUACAUCUGUGGACACGGAGGGGCUCCACACGCUGGGGACUGCGGUGGUGGACUACCGGGGUGUCCGUGUCAUCGCUCAGACCGUCGUUCCUGGGAUACUAGAGAAGAAUCAUGAACAAAUAGUGUACGGCUCUAAUGACAAUGGGAAAACUGUCUUCACACACCCCAGGUUUCUGGAGCUGCUGGAUAAAACCAGUAAACCGCUGAGGAUCCAGCGCCACCAGGUGCUGGACCACCACGACGGCCCCCUGGAGCUUUGCUCGGGCCUCUCCACCAUCGGCAUCUUCGGGAACGACAGACGUCCUUACAUCUUGGACCUCCUGCGGACUUUCCCCCCGGAUCUGAACUUCCAGUUCUCGGAGACGGCAGACCCGACGGAGGAGGUGCCCGCGGCGUGCCGGGGGUCUGGGUACCCGAGGCCCCAUCGCCACUGCCUGGCCAGCCUGAGGCCGGAGCUGAUGGAGGCCUUCGUCCAGCACCGGUACGAGUGUUUUGUGAAGAUGGUGUCUCAGGGGCUCGGCCAACUGGACAGACGGGAAGAAGCCACGGAGCAAAAUGAAGAGCCGGUUUGUGAGACGAGAGCUGGAGACGACGCUGCAGUAUCCGGAGACACGGAAAUUCAGAAACAAAAGGUGAUUUUGGAGGCUUGCAAGGCUGUCGGAUCAGUGAGCGACUCCUGCUUUGACAUUCGCUUCAAUCCAGAUGUUUGCUCUCCAGGCGUACGUUUUCCCUCCGAGUGCAUGGAGGAGCUUCAGCGUCACCGGCGGUUGUUGUGGGACGCGGCAGCUUUUCUUCUCUCCAAUCAGAUUCCAGCCAUGCUGAGGGAUUGUCUGGAGCACACAGCGGAGCUGAUGGAUGGAGCGACCCUGACCUCCCUGCUGCAUCAGUGGGGCGUGAAUGUGCGGUAUCUGGGCUCCGUACUGGGGGAGCUGGGCAAGAUGGAGGAGAAAGGGAGACUGGGCCACCUGCAGAGAAUCUCCAUCAGCGAAGUCAUAAUCAGAAGUGCAAAGCACAUUCUCAGGACCUAUCUGCAGGACGUGAAGCCUGCAGCUUUCUCUGCAGCCGUCAGUCACUUCCUCAACUGUCUCCUGAGCUCGUCCUCCUGCUUCCCCGGCUCCUGCUCCGACGAGCUCCUCUCCCAUCGCAGGAGCCGGCGCCGCCGGAGCCACGGCAGCCGAGCCGGCCUGCUGUCGGACAGCGUUUGGGCGAGGCUGACCUCCGGCGAGCUGUGGAGCAGGGUCAGGGCUGAGGCCCGCGAUUAUUACUGCUGCACCAUUGACAGUGAAAGUAUUGAUGAAGUAAUAGACAAAUACGGCCUUCAGAAGAUCUCCCUACUGAGAGAGAUCGCCAUGACGACGGGCAUCCAGGUGCGGCUGAGGGAGUACGUGUUCGAGUCCCGACAGAGACCAGUGUUUGGCGAGGAAGACGUCAUCAACAUGUUUCCUGUCGUCAAACACAUCAAACCAACGUCGGCUGAUGCCACGCGGCUGGUGCAGCGAGCUCAGCUGGCGGUGCAGCAGGGGCUUCUUAGAGAAGGCCAUGACUUCAUCAACCAGGCCCUGACUCUUUUCAGCAGCAUCUGUGGGGUCCUGCAUGAGGACGUGUGCACGUGCCUGCGUCUGUUGGGACGGAUCAGCUAUGUCUUGGGGGAAAACGCAGAUGCCCUCAGCUACCAGGAAAAGGCCGUUAUGAGUUCUGAGAGGUUACUAGGCAUAGACCAUCCACAGACCGUCCAGGACUAUACUUAUCUAGCCCUGUACUGCUUUGCUGGAGGACACCACUCAGCCUCCCUGCAGAUGUUGUAUCGUGCUCGGUACCUCACCCUGGUUGUCAGUGGAGAUGAUCAUCCACAACUAGCGCUGCUGGAUAGUAUGCUGGGUCUCGUACUUCAUGGACUGAUGAAGUACGAACUUUCUCUGAAGUUCCUACAGAAUGCCUUAUUUUUAACUUCAAAAUACCACGGUGCCACAGCCCUGAAGCACGCUCACAGCCAUCAUCUCCUCGCCACCGUGUACGAAAGUAAAGGCGAGUUUCGGUCAGCCCUGCAACAUGAGAAAGAGGCAUAUUCAAUAUAUAAAAUACAGGUUGGUGAGAACCAUGAUAGUGCAAAGGAGAGUUCAGAGUACCUGAAGAGCCUCACUCAGCAGGCCGUGAUCCUGCAGAAAGCCCUCAACCAUAUCUACAGUGAUGCACCAAGUGCCUGCAUCCCACCUCCAAAGUUUUCCACACCAAGUCUUGCUAUUAUCCUGCAGCAGCUCAACGUAACAUGUGGAAUUAUUUUCAUCCCCGUCAGUGCAAAAGAACUCAGUGACCUGAGGACUCAACUGAAAGGACAUGAACAGGUUAAAGGGGAAGCGCUGGAAGAUCAAUUAUUAAAGCAAAAAGGCUGGAGAACGGGGGAAUGCAGACAACAACACUGAACUAUGGAUGGAAGGGGCAGUUAAUAGGACACCUGCGUACUCUAUGAAAAGGAUCAUGGACAUUUGCAAAUAUAAGAGCCAGACAGUAGCUGAUGUUAAUUGUGCAGAUACAGGUACAGCUGUUUCUUUUGAGAAACGAGUUUAAUCUGAUGUUUCAUCCUGAGGACUAGAUGUUAAAGUGAGUCUCAUCAACCACGAUAUAGACUUGACUGAAAUAUAUGAGAUCAGCAGAUGAAAUCCCCAGGACACUGGUUUGGGGCUAAUACCUCACCUACUUUAGAAAAAAAAAAGUGUACAUUUUACACAAUAAAAGAAAUUAACAAUGAUUUUGAAAGAAUGGAUAAUUACAUUGUGAAUGCAGAAUACUUAUACUGAGUCAAAAAUAAAACAUCAUUGUGAUAAAAGUGAAACUGUCAUGGAUUAUUGGAAUAUGUGCUUUCACCGUGCAGUACCAUAUGCAUCCACUAGGCUUCCCAGUUGAGCUUUGCUGUAAACAUACUCAAUGAUGGGGUUUUUUCUUUUAUGCGCUUUAAUAAUGAGUCAGUGUUUUUAUCUGUUGCAGUAGCCCAUCAUGAUCUGAUCUAUAAUGGUGUUAUUAACAACAAAAUGGCUUACGGUAAAAUGUCUUCAGUCUGCAGGCACUUCUAACUAAUAUUAUUUUUAAUCAAUGUUUUAUGAAGUCGGUCUACUGACACAUAAUUAGUAUCAAUCCUGUAUAAUAUCCAUUUCAAUAUUCGUCAUUAAUUGUAGGAUUUGAAAACCAAAAUUUCCAUUACAGAAAAAAGUGGAAUGGUGCUUCUUGCGCUUUAAUUUUGCAGCUAACCUUUUCAGUCAAUGGAGAACAUUACUCUUACAAUGCAAUAGAAGCACUUUUUAAAACAUUUUUAUGUUCUACUUUUGAUGUAAUUAUACAAAGGAUUUAUAAAACAAAAACACAAAAAUCUACAUAUCAUUAAAACUAUGAAGUACAAUGUUUUAAAUAAAGGGAUGGAUGGAUUUGGAAUUGAUCUUGUCAAAGUACCCCCAGCUGAUGCAGGAAUGCAUUUUACAAGUGGCCUUUUUGAAGUGUUAUGUCGUUAUCAUGCCAUUAUUUUAAGAUGUAAUAAAAAAAUAC